CUCUCGCACCUACUUUACUCUUUCUCUCAAAAUCACCAUUAAAACUCUCUUCAACCUCUCUUCUAUGUAAACCCAAACCACAAGAAGAAGAAGAAAUCUUAAUGAGUUUCUCCUGAGGAAUCUACCCGAAAACCCAAAAUUCAUUUCCCAUUUCGGCAUCUUUUCAUCAUCAUCAUCAUGGUGUCUAUUCAAGAUUCUCAACUUCCUUCAUCAACACAAACACUUAUAUGUUCAUCACCAUCCUCAACUUUUUCAUCAUCAAUAUCAUCAAAGAAACGAGCACAAGGUCAAUCUAAGAGAACGAUUCGUUCUAAUCUCUACAAAAAUGAUCCUUCGGAACCUAAAUCUGCUUACGUUUCUGAAAAUUUGACAGAAUCUGUUUUGGAUUUUAGGUUAACUGAAUUAGUGAUGGAAAACAACAAAAGAAAUUCAAGUUUCGAUAAUGAUUUUAUUGAUCUUUCUCAAGCUUUUAGUGAUUUUUCAGCUUAUAGUAGUGAUAUAUCCGGAGAAUUACAGAGAUUAGCUGGUGUUAGUCCAUCAAAUGAAGAUAAUCAUCAACAAAAUGAAGGUACUCUAAAUGUUGAAGAAACUGAUUCUUGGUUAGGGUUUUUAAAUCGUGAAGAACUCUCAUCAGAAAUAUACGAAUGCGAAGAAAAUAUUGAGAAAUCGGUGUUAGGUUAUGUGGUACAGCUUAAAUCUUCAUCAUUGUCUGUACAACGUUCGGCUGCUGCAAACAUUCGAUUACUUGCCAAGAAUAGUUCGGAGAAUCGGGCGAUUAUUGGUGAGUCAGGUGCGAUUCCUGUGUUAAUUUCUCUUUUGAAAUGUACCGAUCCUUGGACUCAAGAACAUUCAGUAACAGCUUUAUUAAAUCUUUCUUUACAUGAAGAGAACAAGAUUUUGAUUACUAAUUCUGGUGCAAUUAAGCCGCUUGUUUAUGUACUCAAAACCGGAACUGAAACAUCCAAACAGAACGCUGCUUGUGCUUUACUAAAUUUAUCGUUAAUUGACGAUAACAAGAUUAAAAUUGGGGUUUCUGGAGCUAUUCCGCCACUGAUUUCGUUAUUGUUGAAUGGUUCGACUCGAGGGAAGAAAGAUGCAUUAACUACGUUGUACAAGCUUUGCUCAGUGAAUCCCAAUAAAGAAAGAGCUGUGACUGCUGGUGCAGUAAAACCACUAGUUGUCUUAGUUUCUGAGCAAGGGAAUGGUUUAGCUGAAAAAGCUAUGGUGGUUUUGAAUAGUUUAGCUGCCAUUGAAGAGGGGAGAAAUGCUAUUGUUGAAGAAGGUGGUAUUCCUGUUUUAGUUGAGGCUAUUGAAGAUGGGUCUGUCAAAGGAAAGGAUUUCGCGUUGUUAACCCUUUUGCAACUCUGCAGUGGCAAUGCGAGAAAUAGAGGAUUAUUAGUGAGAGAAGGUGGAAUUCCUCCACUUGUUGCAUUAUCUCAAUCUGGAAGUGCAAGGGCUAAACAAAAGGCAGAAACACUUCUUGGGUAUCUGAGGGAACCAAGACAAGAAGCCUCUUGUUCAUCAACUCCUUGAGCUAAUAGGAGGAGUGAUGGAUAUCUAGGGUAUGCAAUUCUUCUGGUUCUUUUACUAGUUAUGUAUAUAAAGGUAUGAAGAUAUCUAUUGUAUAGCGUCAAUAUGUGUCAGCUUUAGUAGAAGGUGUAGUUGCCGAUGAUCAGGAAGUCUGACAUGUUAGUGUGGGAAAGAAGAAAACAUGCUGAUUAACGAUGUUAAUAUCAUCUUUUGUUAAUGGAAGUUUUGGGUUUGUCUCUGUAAAGAAUUUGUUUGAUUUGAAUUCAAAAUGUUAUGUUUGAAACAACAAAUAAACAAAUUCUAGGAUUCAUGUGAUAGUAGAUAGUGGUAAAAGAGAUUAUGUAAUGUAAAGAACCACAAGCAUUGCUUUUAUAUUAGGUUAAAGAUCUUCAUGCGUCAUAGUAUUGAUUUUGAA